AUGGCACCAGUUCACGCCGUGGCCUUUGCUUAUAUCAAGCCUGGAAAGACUGAUGAGUUCGCAGCCCUUCUUAAUGGGAUGUCGGAAAAGGUACACGCUCUCGAGCCGGGUAUUCGCAAUUACUACAAUUUUAAAGUGCCAGAUGAAGAUAUGUUUGUGAUUGUUGAGAGUUAUGAGGAUGAGGCUGCGCUCCAGUAUCAUGGCGAAACGCCUCACUACCAUGAGUAUUUGGAAAAAGCAAUGCAGCUGUUUGCAAAGCCUCUUUCCUUCAAGAUUAAUGUGAAGAUCCCAGAGAAUCUGAUUCCUGAUUGGAGUUCAUUACAGUAA